CCAGCAUCAGCAUCAGCUUCAUUUCCCCGCCUCCCUCUCUUUCUCUCUCAUCGGCCGGAGCUAAGCGAGCUUCGCCGCCGAGCAAAUGGCUUCGCCAGCGGAGCCGCCGCCGUUGUCGCCCUCCUCCGACGAGACCCAGCAGAAUUACGGGCCCAAGCGCGCGUUCCUCUCGGCGGGGAACGUCCAAACCCUGCUCGCGCUUCCCUCAUCGUUCAGCCCCGCGAUCAAGCCCCACCACCACCGCCGCCGCCACAGCCACAGCCAUCUCCUUGGCCUCGACGCCCUCCGCCAGUCGGUCGCCUCGGCGGCCGACGGGUGCCUCGGAUUCCUCCACGCCUUCGCGUCGCGGAGCCCGGUCGUCAGGAAAGUCCUCUCCUUGCACUCCGACUUCCGCAGUAUCUGCCGAGAGAUUCACUGCAGGAACUUUGGGAAUGUGAUCUUGCCGUCGGGUCACAACUUCGCCGCGGUCUUGCCCGGUGGUGACUCGAUGGCGGGGCUUGUGGUGGCCAAUGGCAUAUCGAAUUUCCUGAACAUCUACAACACCCUGUUGGUCGCCAGGCUUGUCUUGACUUGGUUCCCGAAUGCUCCUCCGGCCAUCGUCAGCCCUCUCAGCACCUUGUGCGACCCGUACUUGAACAUAUUCCGUGGGAUCAUACCGCCGCUCGGAGGGAGUUUGGACUUCUCUCCGAUCCUGGCGUUUCUCGUCCUAAAUGUCUUCACCAGUACCGCCGCCGCUCCUGCGGAGCUUCCUCCAACAUUAGCAUCUCAUGAAAAUGCCGCAUCUUGCAUCAGCUCCGCGACAACUUCCCAGAAGAAAUGGAUGAGACGGCUGCACGGGCACAAGCAAAAGAGCACAACUAAUCCUUUUUAGGCCAAUUUUUCCGUCGGUCGCUGUUUUUGCUCCUCGAUAUUCUUUAUGUAUCAACAAACCCUGAAAACUAAGUAUGCUUUGAUCAUGUUAUUCUCUAGAUAAUAAUGCUCACUUUGCUGUAGUAUUUUGCUAUUCAAGCACAAGAUUCAACUGUUUGUACCCCCUCGAGUUAAACAUAUCGCGACUGCAUAGACA